AUGGGCAUCAAGGCAACGACGACGUGGCUGUACAUCGCGGCGGCGAUGGCACUGCUCGCGUACUCGGUGGACCCAGCGGCAACCUAUGAAUGGCUGCUAUCGUCGACACCGCAUCACAAGCCUGUCACUGUCUACGCCAACGGCAAGUCCACCAACGGCAUCGCCGUCGCGCUCCCUCCGGCGCUCGUGCCGUCGGGUGUCGCGCUCGCCGCCUAUCUCUCGACGCUUGUUGAAGUCGAAGGCCUCGCUAACCACGCGACGCCAGUGGUAGCUGACCGCGUAUACACGGGCAAUGGCCACCUCGUCAACUCGUACGACGACAUUGCCGCCGGGGACCGUCUCUACCUUGUGGCCCCGGGCCUGCUUUUUGUAUGGCCGUUCGUAAGACCCGGCCACCGCGUGUUUAUCGAGUCCACGCAGAGCCCCACAAACACGCCGCUCAUUCUCGAGUCGUGGACCGAGUCGCCGCGCGUCUUCCACGUGCACCAC